GCACUUUUUCAAAUUCUAAUUUACGAUGUCGCUUAACACAGCUUACGCAAGUACAAUACCAGCAGUUUUCAAAAUCGUUGAGAUUAUUCUCAAUAUUAUACUCAUUAUUCUUGUUGCUGUGUCACCGAACUACGUCAUUCCUGGCCCUGGAGGAUGGUUAUUCUUCGUCGCAAUCUUGACUACAUUGAUUUCAUUGUUUUUCUAUUGUAUACACCUUACAAAUGCAAUAUACAGGUUUUCGGGGCCUAUGACACUAAUCGAAUUUAUAUGCAUUGCAAUAUGUUCAGGUUUUCAUUUAAUCGCUAUGAUUGUAUGCGCAUGUACAGUAUCAGGUUAUGGGACAGCAAUUGCUGCAGCUGUAAGUUCUAUAUUUACUUACAUCUUUAUUGUAUGCACAUUGUUGUUGGUUAUUUUGUCUUCUUGUUAUAAAUCUAUUCUGUACUUAUUUAAAACCGUUAAAAUUCACAAAAUUGUAUUGUAGAAAUAGUCCGAUAAAUAUUAAUUUAAUGAUUGUCAUGAUAAAAAUAUGGAAUAUGGAGUAAUAUCAGAUGACUUGUCCUCUUACUGUAAAGACCCAACCAUCGAUUACGGAAAUCUAUAAAGCUAGAUAAUUUAAAGAAUUUUUAGAGGAAAUCUUUUUUAACCUCUCCUUCGGUUGUUUGGAGGUAUUAUCGCCGCAUAUACUAGUUGUCUAAGCGAAACACUAAUGCUUUCACACCGCUGUAGAGUUGGGAGUAAAAUCUCACUCACGAUCUAUGAAAUUACUAACGUUGGUUUUGUCUUCUUUUUUUCAAUGGACCUCUAUACUAUAGUAGAAAGUCCAGAAACAAGUGUUUUAGAUGAUAUAACUUAAGUAAUUCAUUAGGGUGUGCACGUGUUGUCAUCAACAAGGAGGCGGCUACGAUUGAGAAAAACUAAACUAUUGUUGUAGUCAUUCACCUCAAAACCUGAAAAUUUUAUUUCGAUCAUAGUUUAAUCAUCAUUAACAGUGCUGAAACGAAGAAAAAAACAGUUGUUCAAUAAUCCCCGAUUAUAAAAUAUUCUGUAAUUUAUAUCAUUAUGCAAUGAAAAGUAUACCUAAACAACAAAAUACGAACAUUAGGCUGUGAACCAAUCAUAUGUCAAUUAGAAAACAAAAUUAAUAUACUUUGGGUAGAUAGGUGACUUUAGAUUUAUUUUUCAAAACUAUUAUUGAAAAUGAAAAUGCAAAUUAUGUUUAUAAAAGCUUAAACGAUUAAAAGUAAAUAACUCUAAAGUUUCAUUUGGUGAUAUUUUUAUUCGAGUGUCUUCAGGUAAAUAGUAGAAAAUAAAAGCACUCGGCACCCAGGUCACAUCAUACUGUUCCUUCAGUACUAGAUAAAUGCUCUCGCCUAAGUAUGAUCAGAGUCCGAGUGUAUGCUUCUAAAAUGGAUAAUAUCGUCUAUCAAACAUCUUUAACAAUAUUUGACAAAGAUACGGUAUAUUUAAAUUCAUCAUUUUGUUGUUUUUAUAGUAGCUCGAUUACAAAUUGCAUCUACACAUUCAUGAAGUUUGUAGUAGCCGGAAAUCAGUUAUUCUAGAACAUGUUUUUUAAAGAGAUAGUCAACAUAACCCGUCCAUGAAAUAACUUAAUAAAUUGUAUAGUUCUUCAUCAGAAUUCCAAUAGGAUCUAACCUAUACUUUCAAAAAAAACAAUACACUUUAAAUAGUUCCUAGUAGAAAUCUACUAGAAUCAAGUAUUUCAAGAAAUAAAGUUUUUGAUUAGUAAAUUUUUUUUAUUCUAAAGUGAAUAUGAUAAUGCUUCGAUAGAUAGAUCAAUUCACUAUGGUGACAUAGGUUUAUCUAUUACCAAGAAUAUCCAUCAAUUUUUUUGUGAAAUCUUAUGAAUUCAUCAAUUUCGUAUUUCAUGUAUCAUAUAAAUAAAGUGAUCAGUUAGUUAAGUUAUGUAAUGUUCAACAUUACAAUUAGAAAAACGUAUUAUCUAUGCAGUGUAAAUCAUUCGUCUGUUGUACAAAGUCUUUAAAGCAAGAUUUUAAAAGCAAGUUAAUCAUGGAUUAUUCAUGAAUUAAUUCGCUGAACAGAAUUAUAAAAAAAUAAGGCAUGAAUAAAUGAAAACGGAUCAGAACAGAAAAUUAAUCCUUUACCAAUAUUAUUUACACAAAUUAAAGUUAUUCAAAUUAUUGCAUAUAAUAGUACGGGAUAAUAAAAUAAAUGAAUAUGGAUUCAUUUAACCAAGUAUUCAGAAAAUUAUCAAAUAUACUCAUAGAUAAUACCUAUAAAUUACAUGAUAAUCUCAAAGAUAAUAAGAAAUAAACAUUCAGAAAUAAAACGGAAAAUAUAAUUCUCUAUAUAUGACAAAUUUACAAAUAGAUGACCAAUAAUGGAACAACUGUAACCGAUGAUUUAUAAAAUUAAUAGGCAUAUUGAAACUAUGCUAAACUGACAGAUUGAACAGAUGCGUUUUUUCAGAUACACAGAUCACGUUUGAAUUGAUGAAUCAUGAUCGUGUCAGACGUUCAUAAAUCUCUAAUCCAAAUAUUCUUUGACUCCGUUGUUUAGAGUUUGCCAACAUUUGUGAAUGUUGAUUCAUGAAGUGGCACAUGAUUACAGUUGAUCACACAUUCACAAAUCGAAAUGUUGAUAGAUUUGAAUCACGUUUGAAACUGUCAAACAGAGUGCUGGUGGUGAAGAUGAUGGUGUUUGGAUAUGCGUUUCAACAAGCAAACUAUUGCAAAAAACAAUACAACCUGUUCCAGAUGAUCAGACAAACUGGUAGUUGUGCACUGAGAUGGAUGAAUUGGAGAUUUAUUAUACACCUACUUCCUACAAUGAAACACUUACGUACAGGAGGAAUUGAUAAAUAACUAUACUGAAAUAGAGGUCUUUUUCAGAGAACUCAGUAGUCUGUUAUUCCAUAACUCUUCUCCUUAGAUAUUUUUUCCAAGUUGGAUGUUCACAAACAGACUUUUGUCGAGAAGUGUAUGCUUGCUCCCAGAUUGAAAAUUCACCACCGCUCACCUACCAUCAAUGAAUAAGUUGUAGGGUGAGUAUACUUGAAAUUGACUAAAGUGUUGAUGAAAUGCGGUACAAAUUGAAACAGACAGACUCACCGGUCAGUUGUGCUGUGAAAUCAACCAUAUAAGCUCUACAGAUUUCAAAGUGAUGGAAGGAAUACUGCAUCGCAUAUUGAUAUUUUACAUUGUGAAGACGACAUCGAAUCAAGUGUAUAUUGACAGUUUAAAAGUAAUCUGGUCGAUCUUAUCACUAGAUACAGAGAAACGGGUUAGAAGGUAGUUCAUACCACUUAUGACUUGUGACUGUGUCAGUAUGAAUUAUUCCAGAACAUCAGAUAAACUGGUAACUUGAUUCUAGAGUGUCCGAUUUCCACAAAUCUAACUGCUACCUGACAAGUAAAUAGAUUCAUCAUUUAUUGAUAUACAACGUUGUAGUCUGCACGCAUAGGUAUUCACUUGUGUUGGUUUAGUCAAGUGUACAGAUUUGAGUUGACAUGAAUGUUUACAUUUUAAACAAAUAGUUGAUCAGAUCAAAUUAGCAUAAACACUCUAACUGUCCAACUAAUUACUUUCAAGUUGUAACGAUUUUCCAUUUGUAAGUGAUUUCAUUCAUAUUAGAUUUAUGGUUUGUCAGUAUCUAAGAUUUAACGGAAUUGUGUGUUGUGUACUUUAUUACUAAGCCAACUGAGUACAAAUAAAUCACAGUACUACGAAUACAUAAACUGUGCUGAGCCCUAAGACGUUUUUUGCAACAGUUGGACGCCUACAUAACUGUACAUUGAAAAUUAUAAUCUUCUCUUUACACUCGUUAGUUGGCAUUAAUCCGUAACCUUAUAUAAUCCAAUCUCAUAUUUAACAUGUGUCAACAGACUUGGAUUAGCACUGAAGUAUUAUAAAGUAUUAAAGAAGGAUUAAUUAACAACUCAAACAUUCACGAUAUACCAUUUUUGAAAUAAUCCGAAAUCGUUAGUAAUGUGGUGAAACAUAAAAUCACUUAUAUCAAUCAGUGAUUUAAAUGAAAAAUGCUUUUGAAGAUUAAAAUCAGUCAGUUAUUUUGUGAUUUAAUAUGUUAAAAAGUUUUAGGAAAGAAAUGUUACAUUAGUAUUACAGGUAUAUCUUGUUGACGAAUCUAAACCAGCACGAUAACUAUAUAAAGUAGGGUUUCCUACCGACCACUAUCAAUCACAUUACACUUCAUUUAGAUAAGCAAAUAAGUGUAAAGCAAUUACUGGUCCUGAGUGCUUUUUAAUUGUACAACUGGAUACUUAUUAACAAUAUCAUUUUGAUAAGGGUCUAUCAGCAGUAGGUCUCAAUAUACAGAAAGGGAAAAGCAAGAUUCUCUGAUACAACACAGCAUGCACCAAUGGAGUCACCAUUGAUCGAGAAGAUUUGGAAGAUAUAAAAAUCAAUGCAUAUCUGAGCAGCAUCAUUGAUGAACAUGGUGAAUCUGAUGCAGAUAUGAAGGCGCAGAUCAGCAAGCAAGAGCAGCUUAUUUACAACUGAAGAACAUCUGGAACUCGAAAAAACUGUCAACCAACACCAAGGUCAGAAUUUUCAAUACAAAUAUCAAGACAGUUCUUAAGUUAUUGAUGAUUGGUCAUAAGUAAUAUGAAAAUACAAAUAUUGACCAUCAUAUUAUAUUUUAAUGACUUCAUUCAUAAAUUCAUCUUAUAAAAUAUAAAAUAAUCUAUCUCUAUUAACAAUAUAUCACAAGUGUUUAUAAAUGAAUUUAAAGAAAUUGUCAUUUGAGUCAAAUCGAUUAUUUGCAUAACCUUAUUUCAUAUAAAAUUCAACUUGUCAACAAUCAUGACAAGUCUAAAUGAUUUCUCUUUACUUUUAUCAUAUUGUCUUUCUUUUAACGACAACAACAACACCAACAACAAUCAACAUUUUUAUAUACACAAUUAUAUAACUGAAUCAAAUUUCUC